AUGUAAAAUUCAUAAAGUGAAUUGGGGCAACAUGAUCCAUGGUCAUUGUAUUUGCCAUAUGACAACAAAUACGAACUCUAAGGAUGUUGCUUCAAAACUAGACCUCAUUGGAGAGAUAUGAAAGGUAUUAAAACAUUAACAACAAGAUAGAACUAUAAUUACAAAUAUUUAAGACCAUGAAUUACCAGAUAACACUAUCAGAACAUGCAAAUAUACUUUAUGGACAUUUCUACCUUUGAACUUAAUGGAAUAAUUUUCAAAAAUGGCAAAUAUCUAUUUUUUGAUAGUUGGAUAUUUGGAAACAAUAGAUUUAGUUUCUAUUACUGAUGGAUAACCUGUUAUUUGGUUUCCAUUAUUUGUGGUCAUUGCAAUUUCAGCAUUUAAAGAUUUUUUAGAAGAUCAUAAGAGAUAGCUUUCUGAUUAAGAUGAGAAUAAUAGGUAUUUAUGAUUAUUAUUGAAUUAUAGAAUAGUAUUAGUAUUGACACCUUAUGGAUUGGUUGAAAAGAAAUGGUAGUAAAUAUUGGUAGGAGAUAUUAUUAGAAUUGAAUAAGGAGAAUAUUUUCCUGCAGAUGUGAUAGUUAUCAAAACAAGUGAAAAAGGAACUUGUUUUAUUGAAACUAAAAAUCUAGAUGGAGAAACUAAUCUUAAAAUCAAGAAAUAACAUAAAGGACUUUAAUUUACAAGAAAAUUAAAUGAUCAUCUUUUAUAAAAAGAGCAUAUUUUAGUCCAUUAUGAUAAACCAAAUCCAUAUUUAUAUAAAUUCAAUGGUACAAUCACAAUGCCUCCUGAUCAUAAUAGUGAUGGGGAUUAGUCUAGAGAUUCUAUUAUUAAUUAUGAUGCAUAACAUAGAAAAAUUUAUUAAUUGGAUGAAGUCAAUUUUAUUCUUAGAGGAUGUUCAUUAAGAAAUACUCAUUGGAUUUAUGGAUUAGUUGUUUAUACAGGAUUUGACACUAAGAUUAUGUUAAAUUCAACAAAAGCAAGACCUAAAUCAAGCACCUUAGAAUCAUAGAUGAAUUUCUUUAUUAUUCUAGUAUUUUUUAUGUAAAAUAACAUCAGAUUAAAAUAGAUAAUUAGUAAUUUGUUUAUUUUCAGCAUAAUAUUCAGUGUUUUGGUAAUUAGAUAAUUUUAUGGAUAUUCCCUAUUUGGAAUUAGAUGAGAAUGAUCUUUAAACAAAUAUAGUAUUUAGAACAAUGGAAAGAUGGGGAACUUGGUUAUUGAUUUAUACAAAUUUUGUUCCAAUAUCUUUAUUAGUGACUCUAGAAAUGGUAUGAAAAUAAUUUGGUAUCUAGUGUAGGUUAAAUAUUUACAAGGAAUGAUGAUAGAAAAUGAUAAAUAAUGUAAGUCAUAAAAUCAUAGAACUGAAGUAUAAACUUCAAAUCUUAAUGAAGAAUUAGGUAAUGUAAAAUAUAUGUUCACUGAUAAAACUGGAACUAUUACAAAGAAUUUAAUGGAAUUUAAAACAAUAUCAAUUUAUGGUAAAUCAUAUGGGAAUGUAAACAAUAGAAGUUAAAUAUUAAAUAAUGAAGAUCUUCUUCAUAUGCCUUAAGUAACAAAUGUAGAUUUUAAAGAUAAACAACUUUUCAAAGAUUUAAAUGAGGAUGAUGAGCAUUCUAGAAGAAUAAUAGAAUACUUUAUGCAUCUUACUUUAUGUCAUACAAUAUUGGUGGAAUAUGAAUAAGGCAAAAUUAAGUAUAAUGCAUCUUCACCAGAUGAAUUAGCAUUACUUAUGGGAGCAAAGUUUUGUGGAUUUGAAUAUAUUGGAUUAGAUGAUGGAAUGAUGAUUAUCAAAUAUAAAGAUUAGUUGAUAAAAUAUAAGUUAUUAUAAGUUUUGGAGUUUAGUUCAGCAAGAAAGAGAAUGUCUGUUAUUGUUUAAGAUUAAAAUGAUUAAAUUAUGUUAUUAUGUAAAGGAGCAGAUUCAAUGAUAAUAAAUUUACUUGAUAAAUAGAAUAAAUAAAAUUAAGAAUUAUUGUCUAUCACAGAGUAACAUUUAGAAUAAUAUGCCGAAAAAGGAUUAAGAACUUUAUUGUUAGCUUAAAAAUAAUUGACUAAAUAAUAAUAUGAUGAAUGGAUUAGUAAUUAUUUGUAAGCAGGUUUAUAGACUAUUAAUAGAGAUGAAUAAUUAUUAAAUUUACAAGAUCAAAUAGAAAACAACUUAGUUUUAAUUGGAGGAACUGGAAUUGAAGAUAAGUUAUAAGAUGAUGUUGGUAGUACAAUGUAAAAGAUAUUGAAUGCAGGAAUUAAAAUUUGGGUAUUAACUGGAGAUAAAUUAGAAACUGCUAUAAAUAUUAGUUAUGCUUGUAAUUUAUUAAAUGAUUCAUAAUAAAAAAUUGUAAUUUCAGCAGAUGAUUAAUUUGAAGCAUAGUUUAAAAUUAAUUCAGGUUUAGAGUUAUUAAAAUCUUAAUUUUAAAAUCAUACAACUGCUUUAAUUAUUUCAGGUGAUUCAUUAAUACAUUUAGAUGAAAAGUAUUAAAUUAAACUAAUUGAUUUGGCUAAAUAAUGUCAUACUGUUAUUGCUUGUAGAGUAUCACCUAAAUAAAAAUAAGAAUUAGUGUAAUUGGUUAAAGAUAAUAUAUAUAAUAUAGUGACUAUGGCUGUAGGUGAUGGAGCCAAUGAUGUAAAUAUGAUAACAGCAGCUAAUAUUGGAAUAGGUAUCAAAGGUGUAGAAGGUAAUUAAGCAGCAAGAGCAGCAGAUUAUUCAAUUGGUGAAUUUAAAAUAUUACAAUAAUUGUUACUCUAUCAUGGAAGAGAAUGUUAUAGAAGAAAUCAAGUAUUAGUAGGAUAUAACUUUUAUAAAAAUCUACUUAUUGUAUUACCACACUUUUGGUUUUCAUUUUACAAUGGAUUUUCACCUCUUAAUUUAUAUGAUCCUUGGCUUUAUCAAUUUUAUAAUAUGUUUUAUACAAGUGUACCUAUUAUGGUUUAUGCAAUUCUAGAUUAAUAAUAUUCAUCUAAAUUUCUAUUAUAAAGUAUUCUAUUUAUAUAUUAUACAUAGAUCCAUAAUUAUAUCAAACUAAUAAUAAAGUAACAUUGCUUACUUUCUUUUUUUGGUUUUGUUCUGGUGGUAUAUAAUCAGCCAUAGUUAUUUAUGCAGUAUUUCCAUCUAUGGUAUAAACAAGUAUAGAUAAAGAAGGAAGAAUCCUCUUUCUUNGA